UCUUCUCUCAUAACCACCAUCCACCAUGCCUCGACAAGCCUCGUACACACCGUCCCCUCCAACAUCUCGUGAACCAACUCCGAGGCCGGCGACACCACCAGUGCCACCACGACCGCCAAAGUCCACACACACCCACGAGAGGUCGAAGAGGCGCAAAGAAAAGGAGAAAGAAGUCGCAACUCAGUCAGCUCAGGAUUUGGAAGAAGAACGUGAGGACCGCGAAGACGAGCAUCGUCGCAAGCGGCCCAGGACCUCGGCACCGGUCCCCUCUCAGGCUUCGACAUCGAGGACACAGGCUAGUACUGCCAUCGCUCCUCGAGUCCAAUCCACUCCCAGAAACCCGCAGCCCAGCACGCAAAGUGAUCCAGCUCAGGAAUUAGACACUACGCCAGAAGUUAAUGAACAAGCCAAUCAAGCUCGCGACCGCCCAGGCCGACUAAGUCGGGACAAGACGAAGAAGGCUGUCAAGACGAAGCCAUUCGACCGCAACGAGUACAAGAAGUUUAUGAAGGGACUCAAGGAGGCUUUGAAGUUGGCGCAUAUGAGCAAGGCCGAGCCAACCUACAAAGACCUGUGGAUGGAAGUGCGGGCUAUACCGCGCCUGGUAGGGCCCUUGGAGAAUUCCGAGCACCUUGUGCAAGUCGGGAGCUGGCUUCAUGCACACCCAGAUAUCGACCUCUCCGACGAAGGGCCUGAUCUCGGUGAAGACGAUCUCGCUGACAUGCCCAAGUCCGAGUUGCGAUACAUACUCGAGGCCUUCAAGCGACUUAUCACUGUCUGCCCCACCAUUAAGCGCAUCCUCCCUGAGCUGCAGAAACGCAGGGACGAAACUGACAUCAAUGCUGUGAUCGACAAAGCACAGAACAGUGGGCGAACCGACGACAUCUCGCGGCUCAAAUACGAGCUACUAUAUUAUCUUCCCCGUGUCAACGGCAUAGACACCCCGGACCCCAAGCUUGAAAAGGAGUCUCGAGGCUGGCGCUGUCAUGCAACGGCACGCAUGUUGUGUCCGCGUGAUCUGCGCGACGAGUUUGAUGCCGAUCCAGAGAAGUUUUGCCAGGAGGUCCGCAAUGGCGCACGUAAACUUGAAAUCAAUCACGACAAUUGGCCGACUCUCGCAUACAGUGAGACGGAGUACAACCCAGAGAACCUUGACUUUGGCCUUCUCAAGUCCGCUUUUUUGCUCAGGUGCUGGCUGUGCCUCUUCAAGGGACCAAGCAGUGCACGACUCGCUGACAACCUUGGCACCAAACGAAAGGGUGGCCGCCACGUUGUCGCCCAGACAUACAACAUUACCCGUGUCGAUGAGUAUAGUCUGUGCUAUACAGUUCUUCUGGCUCGCUUCCUACUCAACGGGAUUCACGAUUGGGCCCGGGAUGAUGGUGUCUUCAUUGGCGCCGCGUUUUGGGCGAACAUGAAGUCCCUUUUCGAGGACAAGAAGUGGCGCGACGAUACUCUCGCAUGGUGGAACGAGAACGUCUUCGGUAUCAAGCGGCCAGGCGUCCAGAAUUCGACUGCCGCGAUCUCACGGAACGGCCCCUCGACAGUCACCAAGCUGCAAGAACAGCGCGCAGCCCGCCUUCGACUUCAACGCCAGAACUCUGCCGCUUCCGCUGCUUGA